UUCCAGAUAUUGUAUAUGGAUUCAUGAUUGUGCACAAACCUCUUACACAAGAUGCUGUAUGUGUUUUAUGUUGACACAGGCAUGAUGCUAACUUUUGACAUGAAUGUUGCAUUGGACAGUGUUUCAAAUUUGAAGCAAGUCAUUGCCAGAACAUGCAAGAUUCCUCAAGACAAGCAGGUUCUUCUCAUUUCGGGAGGUGAAAGCCUCAUGGAGAACACACGAGUUGCCAGCUAUAGUGCAGGGACUGAUACAAACCCAAUAUUCCUCUUCAGCAAGAAUGUCAUUGAAUCUGCUAUCCCUCCUCCUGCCAGUGUUGACUAUGACUCAGAUGAAGAUCUGAAAGAGCAAGUUGAAGGAUGCCUAUCUUUGACUCCAUCAUAUGAUACUGUUGUUGCACGAGCCCAAUUGGCUCAGCAAUUUCAUGAACUGGCUUGCAAAGUAACUCGAAUCUGUCAAGGACUGGUUCAUGAUCAGCACCUGCAACAACAAGGCUGGGCUGCAGUUGUUGCAAAUUUGGAAGAUGUGACGUCUCUGUUCAAGUCUCGCCUUCAAACAUUCUCUCAGAGAUACAGAAUGUACCUGGAGAAGAGGAAAGAUUUCAUUGCCCUCUUGGAAAAUUUUGAUGAAGAUUUGCAGCUGCUCUCUCGCAUCCCUCUGUUAUCCAACCUCCUUUCUGCCUCAUCGGGAACUGAUCAAAAUGGAGAAGAGAAGCAACAAUCAUUGUUGUAUUGGAUCAGCAGUAGCAGUGGACAGGCUGGUUUGGAGGAGGUAGCAGAUUUCUGUCGACGUGGAAUAGAACAGAUGGAUGAAAUGAUACUGGCAGGCUUGACUGCAGAGGUGCAAGCUGCAGAAGAAGCUGCUAGCAAUUCAAGUAUGAAGGAAAUCAAAGGAUUGGAAGAGAGACUGUAUGGACUGGAGCAGCUGAUGUGCGAAACAAAGAAACUUGUUCAGGACCAGGCAGAACUUGCACAGAGCAUAUGUGAGAUUGAUAAUAAAUUGCUUAUGUACCAUGAGAGUGUGAAGCGGCUACAGAAGCACCUGAAGAUAGUUCAGCAGAUUCAUCUUGCCCCUCAGCUAUACCUCAGUGCUGUGAGGGAGGUAGUACGCAGAAGAAAUUUUUCAAAAACUUUUCUUGAAUGGGCAUGUAAUUUGGCCACAGAAGCAAGUACCAUCCAUAACUCAGAGGUGUCUGAACGGAAAAUCUUCAAUGAGAGCAUUGAGGGUCAUUUUUUAUAUUCUCUCUUUCCGGGCAUGGAUGACUUCCCACCCCCAUUUGCCAUUUACUCUCCAGAGCCUUUUGACAUGAGACUCCCUGAGUUAAGGAUAUCUGACAUGGAGAACCUCAGGGAUGUUAUGCCAUCAAACGUGAGAUCAGAUGUACCUUGUUUCAUUCCCUGGAUGUCUUACCCACUUGCCAAAAUUCCAUGUAAAAGCAAUGAAGAGAGCCCUGGUCAUGACUUGUUCACUUCUGCUGUUGAGGCAGUUGUCUGUUCACCAUCUGGAAAUGAGUUAGCAAGGAAGGGUGAUACGAAGCUUCUAGCUAAAGAGAUGGAUUUUUCCCUCCAUGGAUCAUGCAAAGAAGAGCUCCAAACUGAAUUAGUGAAAAAAUCCUGUGAGGUGAAACUUCUGAUGGAGAGGCAGCGUUCUAUGGAAUACUGCAUAAAAAUGCUCAAGGGAGGUUUGAAGAAGGGACUGUCUGACCUUGUGCAAUCUCUGCAGAAUGAACUGAAGACUUUAAAGCAGCAAGUCAGAACCAAUAGGGCCCAGUUCUGGGAUUUUGCACACUCCCUCACUAAUGAAGUGAACGAAGCAUUGUCAAGGAUUCAGGAGAAUUUUAAGAAGGAAAAGGAGUGUGCCAUUGAAGAUGUGACAGGUCCUUUGCUGAAGCAGCUGGAAGAGCACAAGAGUGGGAUCCUUCAACUCCAAGAACAGUUGGAAUGCAGACAACAACACGUAUUGGCUUUGGAGAAGGAAGUUGAAGAGAAGAAAGAAGAAGUUGCAGAUGUGAUGAAAAGGUUGACCUUAGAGCAUGAGGUAGAAUUGGAUAAAUAUCAGGAAUCUGUGAAGCAGCAACAGGAAUUUCGGGAGGAAGAAAUUACAGCUCUUCAACUCGAUAUGAGCAGUAGGGAGAAGAUGAUAGAGAUUUUGCAAUGUGAGAAAGAGAAGCUUUUGGAGGAGCUGCAUUCCAAGCAAGAGGAAAAGGAUGAGUCCCUGGAUGAAAUUCGAACCAAGAUCUAUUUAGAGUUUCGGGCAAAUACAGAAAAGUUAAGAAGUGAUUGGGAGGCAAAAGUAGAAGAGGCUCAUCGACAUCAUGAGACUCAAAAGCAAGAACUUGAGAAGAAAAUGCAAAACCUACAAAAGGAAAGAGACAAUUACAAGUUGGAGAUGGAUAAUCUAAGGUCUCGCUUCAAACUGCUACAUUCAGAGACUUUGGGGAUAUGUGUGCAUGAAUCAGUAGUGGAUGGGCUGAAGAAAGAGAAUGAGACUUUGACAACUGAGGUGGAAAGUCUGAGAACUAAGCAAGCUUCUCGCCUGCAAUUAGAAGCAGAUCGACAGACACUCUUCAAUGAAGCUCUCCGGAAAGCCACAAAGGAGAAGGAAGAAGAAAUAUUGCGUUUGACUCGACAGGAGCUGUUCUGGAGACAGGAGUGUGAAAGGCUUGCAGAAUUGCUUCGGGUCAUGAGGCACUCAGACUGUGCUGGAGCUUCUACAUCCACUAGCACAGUAUCAUCCUCUUUGUCCACGUGUAGGGACAAGGACAUUGUCCUGGUUGUAUGGGAUGAAAGUCGGGGACUCUAUAAAGUACAGCAAGAUGGACCCAUGCAGCAUUUUGUACAUCAUGAGUCUUUGCCCAUCCUUGGACUGACUACUCCCCCAAGCAAUGAGAAGUACUUCCAGUUGACUGCACAGGUGAUGGCAAAAGAGUACUGUCGAGCAAAGAAGGUUGUGGAGUGGACUUUGGAGUUUUAUUAUGAAUUGCUGGACAAACAACAUUUAGCAAUUUUGGAGCUUUAA